CGGGCCCGCCCGGCGCGGGCGCCGGCGGAGCUUCCUCUCGCGGGGGAGGCCCGGCCCCCGACGGGGCCCUGGGGUGGGUUCCGCCCGCCCGGCAUUGACCCCCGGCACCGAUCCCCGAACGCUCCUUCCCGCCAGGGGCCCGGGCACGACGCGUCCCCGCGGUGGGUUCGGGUCCGCGCCCCGCGGCCGGGCUCAUCCCAGAGCCAGCGCAGCGCUCAGCCCCGGGGUCCCGUUCCACCGCUCCCCUCGGCGCUGCGGGCCGAACGGAGCGCGCUCAGCCCCGGCGGCCCGGCUCGGUGCCACGGGCAGCGCCUGUCCCGCCGCGGCUCCCGAGCCUGGUCAGCCCCGGCCGAGGCAACCGGAGGAGCGAGCACUGCUCAGCUCCAGGGACCUGCUCGCGGGACUGGCGGGAGGCGCUCCCCGCCCCGGGCACCGAGCAACGCGGGAACGGAACGGCGAGAGAGGAGGGCACGGACUGUCCGGCCCCGUGCCCGUCCCCCCGCUGUCCCCCGGGGCUGUGCCCUGCUCCGUGUGCUCGGCGGCUGCCGGACUGUGCCGUGUCCUGCUCUAGCACUGAGGGAUGGGGCUGCUCCCAGGGCUCUGCUUCCCUGCCCUGGAACGGCUCCUUGGCAGCCCUGGGAGCCUGCCGGGGGUCUGGGGACAAAUUCCACCAGGAACACCUGUCCUUCCCAAAUUCCACCAGGAAUUCCUGUCCUUCCCAAAUUCCACCAGGAAUACCUGUCCUCCCAUUCAGCCCCAGCCCGGGAGCAGGACUAGCUCAGCCCACUGACCCAGGCAGGACAGACAAGCUGUGCCAUGUGGGCACAGACACGGCCCUUUAGGGGACAGUGCUCUGGGGAUGCUGUGGCACUGCUGGCCUGAGGGGACAGGGGUUCCGUCAGCGUGGGACUGGCCCGAGGGCACAGCAGACACACUGGUGGGGAAGAUCGCUAUCCCAGCGUACGCCCUGAGCGACGACGACUGCUCCUCCGGGUACCAGCAGCUGAGCGUGGAGAGCGACCCCGAGGAGGGGGGCGAGCCAGGCCCCGCCGCGCUGCCCUGCCGCCAGUGCGGGCUGCAGCUGGCUGCCAGCCUGGGCCAGAGCUGCCUGCAGUGCGCCGGCGCCGAGGGCGGCCGCAGCCAGCGCAUCGUCUACUCCUGCCAGCUCUGCCCCUUCGCCUCCCACUACUCCAGCCACCUCAAGCGCCACAUGAAGACACACAACGGGGAGAAGCCUUUCGCCUGCCCGCAGUGUGCCUACGCCUCUGCCCAGCUGGUGAACCUGACGCGGCACCUGCGCACGCACACUGGGGAGAAGCCGUACCGCUGCACGGGCUGCAGCUUCGCCUGCAGCAGCCUGGGCAACCUCAAACGCCACGAGCGCGUCCACAGCCAGGACAAGCCCUUCCAGUGUGCCGCCUGCGACUACCGCUGCAACCAGAGCCGCAACCUGAAGCGGCACAUGCUCAGCCACCGCCUGCCUGAGGGCGAGGGGCCACACCGGCGGGACAAGGACCCAGAGCCCCUGCUGCCAGAGCUGAGCCUGCACGUGGGCAGCGGCAGCGGCCCCUUCCUGCCCGGCUGUGCCCGGCUGCGGGGCGAGGAGGCGGCCGCGCUGCCCGAGCUGCUCUUCCCCUUCACGUGCCGCAUGUGCGGGCUGGUGCUGGACGACGGCUUCGCUCAGGACGAGGGCCUGGCCGAGCAGGUGUGCGGGCGCUGCAGCCUGGCGGUGCUGGGCACCGAGCCGGGUGCCAGCCCCCGCAAGGGCACCGGGGACAAGGGCUUUGCCUGCAGCCUCUGCCCCUUCGUCACCCACUACCCCAACCACCUGGCGCGGCACAUGAAGACGCACAGCGGGGAGAAGCCCUUCGCCUGCCCGCUCUGCCCCUACGCCUCCGCCCACCUGGACAACCUGAAGCGGCACCAGCGCGUGCACACGGGCGAGAAGCCCUACAAGUGCCAGCUCUGCGACUACGCCUGCGGCAACCUGGCCAACCUCAAGCGUCACGGGCGCAUCCACUCAGGCGACAAGCCCUUCCAGUGCAGCCUCUGCAGCUACAGCUGCAACCAGAGCAUGAACCUGAAGCGGCACAUGCUGCGGCACACGGGCGAGAAGCCCUUCCAGUGCCGGGACUGCUCCUACACCACUGGGCACUGGGACAACUACAAGCGCCACCAGAAGAUCCACGGCCACACGGCCGAGAGCUGGGUGAACCCACGCAAUGCCAAAGCCCUCCUGGCGCCCCCAGCCGUGGGCACGGCCCUGCCCUGAGACAGCACUUAGCCCGGCAGGGGGCCUGGGGUGCCUGCCCUCCCUGGGGGAGGGAGGACAGGCGGGCACCUCCACGGGGGCUCAGGGCUGCCUUGCACCAGGCCCAGAGGCACACUGGGGCCCUGGCAGCCCUGUCCUGCCUGGGCAGGGUGAAGUGACGACCAGCGGCUCUGACCCCUGCCCGUGUGGCAGCACAGCCACAUCCCCAGCCACCCCAGCUGCCUGUUUCUGCCUGCCGGAGCCUUCCUCUGCCGGGGUUUGGGGAAAAGGGGGGAGGGGGGAACAGGACUGGUUCCAUGGCUGUCGCCGUGCUGGUCGGUGUAAUUUAUAUUGUGUAUAAAAGCAUUAAACAGUCAGUUUUGUUAUCUGCUCUUCA